AUGAAUGAAACAAGAAAGUUAAAGGAUAUAACACAAGGAAAGGAAUGGGAUCUUUUAGAAACAAUUCUUUAUGAUGGAAGUAAUUUUUUUUUAUUAGAAAAGCAUCUUCAGCGUUUAAUCAAAGCUUCUAUAUACUUUGAAUGGAAAACUAUUGAUAUUAAACGAAUUGAACAAAAAUUAUGGGAUUCAGUACGUCAUUUAGGAUCUUCAAAGGUUCGUUUAACAGUUGAUCAGAAUGGUAUUAUAGAUAUUCAAGUAUCACCUUUUAUAUUAUCAGGAAAUCUUUUUGGUAUAUUUUCUAAGAAUGAUUGGAAGGAGGAAAAACCAUGGAGAGUAUAUUUAGAUACAAUUCCAAUGGAUGAUAAACUACGUCCAUUUUUUUGUCAUAAAACAACAUAUAGAGAUCCUUAUGAGGCUGCAAGAAAACGAUUAAAAAUACAUGAAGAAAUGGAAGUAUUGCUAUAUAAUCAAUAUGGAUAUGUUAUGGAAGGGAGUAUUUGUAAUGUCGCUUUUUUUCGAAAUUAUCAGUGGAUUACGCCUACUUUAAAAGAAGGAUGUCUUCCAGGUGUUAUGAGAGAAACAUUAUUAGAAAAAAAAUAUAUAAUAGAACAUUCUAUUAAAAUAAACGAUCUUAUAAAUGGAGAACGUCUUCUACUAUUUAAUUCUUUACGUGGAUGUUUUCAAGGUAUUUUAUAUAUCAGUUAA